CUUAGCCUUGGUGGUUUUUGUUUGUUAACUUCAGUCUCUAUUCAUUGUCGUUUCUUUCUGUUUUCUUCUUGCAUUUGAUGACAAGCAAAGACUCAAUGGGAAGUACUGAUUAUAGAUGAAGCUGCUCAGCUUAAGGAAUGUGAAUCCACCAUUCCUUUACAACUUCCUGGCAACUGCCUCCCUAUUCUCAUUGGGGAUGAGCGGCAACUUCCUGCAAUGGUUAAAAGCAAGAUUUUGGAUGGCCCCAAUGUCAAAGAAAGAAGGCAGGAAAGGAGUUUCCUUCAGGGAAAUAUGUUCGGCUCCUACUCUUUCAUUAAUGUAGCACAUGGAAAAGAGGAAUUCAAUAACAGCCACAUUCUCAAAAAUAUGGUUGAGGUUGCUGUGGCGUCUGAGAUAGUUGCAAGCCUUUUCAAAGCUAAAGAAUCUAUUUGCACAAAUAAGAAAGUUAAAGUUGGUAUCAUCUCACCAUACAAGGCACAAGUCUUUGCAAUUGGAAAGAAGGUGAAAAACUACAGUGCUGAUUCUAAUGAUGACUUCUCAGUUAGUGUUCGCUCUGUUGAUGGGUUCCAAGGUGGUGAGGAGGAUGUGAUAACUGUCUCUAAUGGAGUAGUUGGUUUUCUUAAAAAUCAUCAAAGAGCAAAUGUGGCACUAAUCCAUGCAAGGUAA